AUGUGCUCUCUCUUCUCCCUCCGACCAAAUGGCCUCUCGAAAAUUUCUCUCCUGGGCCAGAUCCGAUGGGCAUCGUCUAAGCGCUGGCAAGCGCGUCAGCAGAAGGAUCAAUUCACGAGAGAGGCGGCCGUCCAAGGCCUGAAAAGCCGAGCGGCCUUUAAGCUGCUUCAGAUUGAUGAGAAGUAUCGGCUUUUCAAACGGGGGCAGACUGUGGUUGAUCUGGGAUAUGCGCCAGGGUCUUGGUCGCAAGUAGCUGUGAACCGCACCCAACCCGGCGGCCGAGUCCUCGGCGUCGACCUUAUCCCAGCACAACCCCCGAAGGGUGUAUCGACCAUCCAGGGCAACUUCCUAGACCCCGAAAUCCAAUCAUAUAUUCUCGAAUUUUUGCGCAAUCCCAAUAGAGGCAGGCCGCGUCCGCCCGGCGCCAUUGACGAGGCUGGACCCAGUGCCUUAGAAACCGAGACCGAUACCGAGAGAGAUGGAACCGCCACCAACCCCGAGAAACUGGCGAAUAAAAGGACGGUAGAUGUGGUCCUUAGUGAUAUGUCCGCUCCCUGGCAACAAACCACUGGUUUUUGGAAACGGAGUCUAAGUAAUCCUUACAACAGGAUGAUGAAUACAAGUGGAAACGCCUUUCGAGACCACGCUGGAAGCAUGGUACUGUUACCCCGGCUUAUUUCAUGGCUAACAAUCAAGUUGCAUCGCCAGGAUUUGUGCAAUGCGGCUUUACAUUUCAGCUCGAUUGUUCUUCGAACCGGAGGACAUUUUGUCUGCAAAUUCUACCAAGGAAUUGAAGAUAAAGAGUUGGAAAGUAACCUCAAAGCAAUAUUCAACAAAGUCCACCGGCUAAAACCUGAAUCGUCCCGAAGCGUAGGCCUUUCAACUUCUCCCCGUCCCAUUGAGCCCCUGAAGAAACCACCAGCUAACGCCUUUCCAGGAAUCAAAAGAGUCAUUUUUUGUUGGCAUAGAUCGGAAAGCGUGAUAAUGAGCAUAGCAUAG